AUGCCGGCAUGGGAAAUGGAUGAUUAUUUAAUUGCCUGUCGUUCGAUAACUGUUGCAAAGACUUGUAGGGCCCAAAACGCUCAGAGUAAACAAGCAGUCCAGCUGGGCAAGAUGAAUAGAAUAUUGAUAAUUGGAGCAACUGGGUACAUUGGCAAAUAUAUGGCGAAAGCCAGUGUCUCACUUGGCUACCCAACAUUUGGUUUUGUGCGUCCUUCCACUGCAGCUCCUCAUUCUUCCAAAUCACAAUUACUCCAACAAUUCAGAGAUGAUGGUAUUGUCAUUCUUCAGGGAUCUUUAGAUGACCAUAACAGCCUUGUCAAUGCAAUCAAGCAAGUGGAUAUAGUAAUAUCUGCAGUUGCCAUUCCCCAGCAUUUAGAACAGCUCAAUAUUAUAAAGGCUAUCAAGGAAGCAGGAAAUAUAAAGAGGUUCUUGCCAUCAGAAUUUGGCAAUGAAGUGGACAGAACCAAAACGUUGGUUCCCUUUCAGAGAAUAAAUGAUAUUAGGAAAACCAUUCGCAGGGCAAUUGAAGAGGCAGAGAUUCCCUACACUUCUGUUUCUGCCAAUUCUUGUGCUGCUUAUUUCGUUGACUAUUUCCUUCAUCCUCGUCAAAAACCACCACCACAGGAAGUUGUUAUAUAUGGAGAUGGUUUUACUAAAGCUGUCAUGAAUUUAGAAGAUGACAUCGCCACUCUAAACAUAAUGGUAGCCAAUGAUCCCAGAACACUAAACAAGCUAGUGAUUUACAAGCCUCCAAUGAAUAUGAUUAGCCAGAGUGAGAUUAUUUCACUGUGGGAGAAGAGAACUGGACGGACUCUUAAAAGGGUCUAUUUGCCUGAAGCUGAGAUGCUGAAGCUCUCAGAAACUUUGCCUGAUCCAGAUAACAUCCCCGUUUCAAUUUUGCACAGUAUUUUUGUUAAAGGUGAUCAAACCGACUACGAGUUCACAAAUGAAGAUCUGGAGGUUACUAAACUUUAUCCUGAAUAUAAGUUUACAAGCAUUGAUGAAUUUCUGGACAUCUGCAAGUCAAACCCGCCAGAAACAAAACUUGCAUCCUUUGUAUAG